AAUUUUAGAACUACCAAAAAAUUAACGAUUAUAGGCCAAUGGCGACUAUCAUCAUUGAAUAUACCAUGCACAACAUCAGUUUUCAACCAUAUUGAUCACUUCAACUAUGGAAAAUAUUCAAUCCUAGAUAUAGUUGAAGAAUCACUGGAUGCGAUUCAAAUUUUUACGAAAACAUCGGUGGCACCACGGCACACCAUUAAAAAAAUAACUGGGAUUGAAAAAAAAAUAAAAGGGACUAAAGUAGAAUGUAAGCUAAUAAAACCUCCAUCUCCUCGAUUAUCUAUUCCACACAGAUCAGCUGGAUAUGAUUACCAACUUUUUCAUGGACUAAGGAGAUUAAGCGAAAGGCUAGACGAAGAAAAAUUAAUUAAAAUAUUAAUAGAGGUUGCAUCAUUUUUCCCCGAAACGGCACCAAAAAGUGGCCAUGAACAAAAAAAGCAAGAAGAAUCGAACUGGAAAAGCUUAAAUUUUCAAAGUUUCUUCAUUCUCAAAAAAACUAAAAUUAACGAAAUCCAUCAUAUAAGGAUAGUGGUUUAG